AUGGUAGUCCUCGCUUGGAGCUUUGGCUUCUUCGCAAGCGUGAUGACUCUCAUUGGCAACCGCUGGCAGCCGGAUCAACCGUGCAUAUAUGACACCGUCACGAGAAGAACAUCUCUCAUCUGUACCUCGCUAGUCAUUGGUACGUGUGGCGUAGCCAUCAUCUCCAUCUACGCUUACAUGAUGAUGAUUGCCAAGCACCACCAGCGGCAGAUCCACCAGGAACCGAACAGCAGCGGUUCGCAUGAGGCAGUAGCGACCAGAAAAUCCUUCUCUGCUGAGCUCGCCAAGCAUCUGAAGUUUGCCAAGACGUUUGGCAUCGUCGUCGGCGCCUUCGUCGUCUGCUGGGCUUCUUACUCCAUCCUGAUGCUGCUGAGCGUGGCCGACGUCUACCACUACACGCUCGGCGUGGCGACAAGAUUUGGCUAUAUGAUGGCAGACUCCAACUCUUUUAUGAACUUUUUCAUAUAUGCUUCAACGAGCAGUCAGUUCCGCGCCGCCUUCCGGGCGGUGUUGCCCUCGCGUGGACUACAGAGGCGUGGAUACUGUUUAACCUUACUGGAAUCAUCGCGACUGUUUCACCCAUUCGAUUAG